AUUCACGUUCCCGAAAGUCAACUCGAAUUCUCCUUCAUCCGUAGUGGCGGAGCCGGCGGACAAAACGUCAACAAGGUCAACACGUGCGUGCAAAUCAAAUUGUAUUUGCCCGGUAUGACCUGGGUUCCCACCGAAGUGCGUCAACGCCUCGAACAACAACAGCGUCAUCGGGUCAGUAAGGAACAGUACCUCGUCAUGCAAGUGUCGGAACACCGCACACAAUCCGCCAAUCGCAAGACAGCCGUCGACAAAUUGCGCAACAUGAUUCGACAAGCGUGGGAACGACCCAAAGAACGGAGCAUCCGCACCGGAAUAUCCGUCAAGACCAAGGAACAACGCAAAGAUUUCAAGCGGAAACGCAGUCUCGUCAAACAAGGACGGAGACCGGUGGACUUCUGA